AACUUUUCCCUUUUUAUUAUUGUUAUUGUGAUGAUGAUAAUGAUUUUGUUAUUACUAUUUUUAUUAUUAUUAAUAUUAUUAUUAUUACUGUUAGUUGUUACUAUUAGUUGUACUCCAUACCCACUUUAUUUUCCUUUUCUUCAUUUGUUCAUUACCCUCUACUGUCGUUUUUAUAUAUCUUCACUUUAUACCAUCUCUCACAAUCAACAUUUUAAAUAAAAGAAGAAG